AUGGAGAAAAACAACAAAAGACCCACUGGACAAGAAGACUCACCUCCUUCUAAACGUACCCGAACCUCCACACCAUCAGAUCCAACUCUUCAACCUAAACAUACACUCGAUCGUUUUGUAAAUUCAUCUAAACCUGAUCCAAUAGCAGUUCAUGUGACCAAAGAAAUCAAAGAUCGGAAAAGUGUAUUCAAAGCAUUAGUUUUCAAAGCCAAAAGUUUAUCAGAUGUGACAGACAUUAUAAAUUUGGUUAAGCAUCGAUUUCAUUCGAAUCCUGCUUCUCAUAAUAUCACGGCUUGGAGGUUUUUAUCACUCAAGAAGUCUUGUGAUGGCUUAGGAGGACCCGGAGAUUUUGAAAUUCAGUCUGGCUAUGAAGAUGAUGGUGAAGCGCGUUCAGGGGCAAAGGUUUUGAAAGUCAUGGAAACACUUCAGAUUAUAGAUGCUAUAGUAGUUGUCUCUCGUUGGUAUGGAGGCGUGUUAUUAGGCCCGGCACGAUUUGAUCAUAUCGAAACUUGUGCAACAGAUGCUUGCAAAGUCUUUCAAUCGAUCGAUGCCUUAGAUGAUGACUUAUUGCGUUUAUCAGAACUAGAUCUUCAACUUUCUAAACUUAGAAUCGAACUCAAGAUAUUAACAGAUCCAGACUUCCUACCAACUUCUAGCCCUUCUGGAUCUCAAACCAAAUCAGAUCCUUAUCAACAUUUACGAAAUCCUGUCAAUCUGAUUGGUUCGGCUAAAUUAAUUACUGCACGUGAGAAGGCAAUUGCAACACUUCAUAAAUUGAUCCAACAGGCCAAGGACAAAAAAUCACCAGUUUCAAGCUCAAUUGAUGUGACAAAUACACUUGAAUCAACUUAG